AUGAAUGUUGAAAAGUUCACAGAAUUACUCACAAUAUAUUUGGAAUACUGCACCAUUGGUUCCUACCUAAUUGUUUCAGUAACAACAUGGUCCAAGUGCAGGAGUUAUCUGGAAAUGGAAAGAAGAUUCAAGGUUUAUGUUUAUGAAGAAGGCGAGUCACCAUUAGUACAUGAUGGGCCGUGCAAAGACAUAUACACAAGUGAAGGAAGGUUCAUACACGAGAUGGAACAGGGUAACAAUGGGUUCAGGACAAGAAAUCCAGAAGGUGCUCAUGUUUACUUCUUGCCCUUUAGUGUUACAUUGAUGGUCAAGUACCUCUACCACCCCAACACGUACAAUGUCAUCCCACUCAAAGAGUUCGUGUCUGAUUACGUGAGAAUCAUCUCCAGGAAACACCCAUUUUGGAAUAAAACUCAAGGAGCAGAUCAUUUCAUGAUUUCGUGCCAUGAUUGGUUUCGGUACAUAUUCUAUACUCAAGGCUUUUUCCAUGAUGAAAUCCAUCUUAAUGAUAGGUUGGUACGAGGUUGCAAUAAAAAAUUAGUUGAGGAUAAAACCAAUAACAUGGAUCAGUUGGGGACAAUGUUGCAAAAUACUCUUGCAAAGCAACUCCAAGUAAUUCAUGCUAAUUUUAGAUAUCUCUUCUAG